AUGCCUUGGUAUCCCGAUGUUGAUGCGCAAUGCAAUGCUCUCAUUACACUGGCCGAUGCAGGCAUCAGAGCCAUGCCAGAAGGUGUUACCGACUUCAUAUGCAUUUCUGAUUCCUCUUACCCUCCCCCGCCGAAUCCAACCUUUCUUAUCAAGUUGCUGAAGGCAUUGGUCAAGGGGUAUCCUGAUCGUUUAAACGCGCUCUGGUCGGCCCCUGUGUCGUCAGUGAUUCAGUUUGUCAUGAAUCUUCUUCUCCCCCUGAUGCCUGGACGACUAGCUUCCAAGGUUGUCUUGCUCAAUCUUGAUGGCGUCCGUGACAAACUCAAGGACAUCUUGAUGAAUGGGGAAGAAGACAUUCCUACGUUUUUUGGCGGGUCUUGCCAGCACGAUAAGUUUUAUCCCGAAGAGUCCUCUGCCGAAAAUCGAGGCAAGGGGAGUCUUAAGUUUGACUACUUUGGAAUGGUUGAUCGGCUAGUGCAAGCACGCAAAGAGUUUGAAGCAAGCAAGAAAUAA